AUGAGCCAGCAGUGUGCCCAGGUGGCCAAGGCCAAUGGCGUCCUGGCCUGUAUAAGGAAUCAGCAGGACUAAGCAAGGAUUCUUCCCACUGGUGAGGCUGUACCUCAAGUCCUGUGUCCAGUUCUAGGCCCUCAAUUCAGGAAGGCCAUUGAGGUGCUGCAGCAAAUCCAGAGAAGGGCAACUAAGCUAGUGAACGGUCUGGAGCACAAGUCCUAUCAGAAGCAGCUGAGGGAGCUCGGGUUGUUUAAUCUGGAGAAAAGGAGGCUCAGGGGCUUUAUGGCUCUCUACAACUACCUGAGAGGAGGUAAUAGCCAGCUGAGUAUCUGUCUCUUCUCCCACGCAACAAGCGACAGGACAAGAGGACACGGCCUCAAGCUCCUCCAGGGAAGGUUAAGGUUGGACAUCAGGAAGGAUUUCUUAACAGAAAGCGUGGUGAAACAUCGGAAUAGACUGCCCACGGAGGUGGUGGAGUCACAUUCCCGGGAAGUGUUCAAGGACAGAAUGGACGCGGCACUUAAUGAAAACGAAAACCCCGGGUGGAAGGCGCUGGGCACGGGAAGAAGAGCCUCCUGCCCCGUCCUGCCCCUUGGCUACAGAGGCGGGGGGGACGCGCCCCGAAAUGGCGGCGGCAGCAGCACCGCCCUCCCGCCGGCGGAAGCGGAGUGAC